AUGCAAAGAGAAGACGCAUUCCAGGAGCAAAUCCGUACCGUCACACAGAGGCUCAAAGAGGCUGAGACUCGUGCCGAGUUCGCCGAGCGAUCGGUGCAAAAACUCCAGAAAGAGGUCGAUCGUCUCGAAGAUGAGCUCGUCCACGAGAAAGAGAGAUAUGCCGCCAUCUCCGAUGAGCUCGAUGACACCUUCCAGGAGCUCUCCGGCUAC